AUGGCUGCAACUGAUUCCAACAGCACAACCACAUCCGAUGAUCAAUACUAUACGGUUGAAUAUGAAAAUGAAAUAUGCGACAGAACAAGCACGAAUGAGUUUGCAGCGAUCUUCAUUCCAGUGUUCUUCUCCAUUGUGGUGAUCCUCAGUCUGUUCGGCAACAUCCUGGUCAUUGUGAUUUUGGCCAAGUAUGAGAAUCUCAAAUCCCUCACAAAUGCUUUCAUCCUGAACCUGGCUAUGUCGGAUCUCCUCUUCACCGCAGGUCUGCCCUUCUGGGCCUACUCCCACAUGUACGGAUGGACUUUAGGGGAGCCUGCAUGCAAAAUAGUUAACUUCGUCUUCUUCAUUGGGUUCGACAGCAGUGGUAUCAUCCUCAUCCUGAUGACUGUUCACCGUUACGUAGCUGUCAUGAAUCCUUUUUCUGACAUUGUGUCUACCAAAGGCUUCUACAGUGUCCUGGCGUCUGUCAUGAUUUGGGCUGUGAGUAUCCUGGUUGCCAGUCCAGCCUUCGUCUUCACCAAAGUCAACACUGACUUAGACCCGAAUCUCUGUGAAUACAUUAAUUCUAACUCGAAGUUGUGGGGAAUCUACCAGCAAAAUAUUCUCUUUUUAGUGAUUUCUGUGGUGUUUGUUUUUUGCUAUUCUCUGAUCAUAUACAGGCUGCUGAGGCCUACUGCCCAAAGAAGAAAGAACAAAACUUUAAAACUUAUUUUUAUUCUAAUGGUUGUUUUCUUUGUAAGCUGGGGACCUUACAAUAUAGUCCUUUUUCUAAACUCAUUCUAUUAUUUUCCAAAAGAAUCUGUUAAUUCAACAGAUGCAGCUCGAGCUUGUGAAAAAGACAAACAACAGUAUUACACCAUUUAUGUGAGUAGUUUUUUUGCCUACUCACACUGCUGUCUUAACCCUGUGUUUUAUGUGUUUGUUGGGGUUAAAUUCAAAAACCACUUGAAGAAAAUGAUGAAGAGCUGGGGUCACAAAAACACGAGCAUCCGCAGUAGACACAGCCGACUCACAAUCACAUCUCUAACUGGUGGUGAAGAGUUGUCCAUGUAG